UGUCUCUGGGGCCCGAUCCUUCCCCUUUAAGACCCUGGGGCGCUGCCGCUCACCUGCGCAGGUGACGGCGGCGCUGACGUGCGCGGGGACCGCCAUGGCCGCCUCUGCCCUCUUCAUCCUGGACCUCAAGGGGAAGCCCCUCAUCAGCCGCAACUACAAAGGGGAUGUGGGGCCGGGGGAGAUCGAGCACUUUAUGGGGCUGAUGCUGCAGCGGGAGGAGGAGGGGGCCCUGGCGCCGCUCCUGCCCCACGGCCACGUCCAUUUCCUCUGGAUCCAGCACUCCAACCUCUACCUGGUGGCCAUCACCAAGAAGAAUGGGAACGCAUCCUUGGUGUUUUCCUUCCUCUAUAAGGUGGUGGAGGUGUUCCGGGAGUACUUCAAGGAGCUGGAGGAGGAGAGCAUCCGGGACAACUUCGUCACCGUCUACGAGCUCCUGGACGAGCUCAUGGAUUUCGGCUUCCCGCAGACCACGGACAGCCGGAUCCUGCAGGAGUACAUCACCCAGGAGGGGACCAAGCUGGAGCGGGGGGGGUGCCGGGUGCCCAGCACCGUGACCAGCGCCGUGUCCUGGCGCUCCGAGGGCAUCCGGUACAAGAGGAACGAGGUCUUCAUCGACGUCGUUGAGGCGGUGAACCUGCUGGUGAGCGCCAGCGGCGCGGUGCUGCUCAGCGAGGUGCUGGGCACCAUCAGGCUCAAGGUUUUCCUCUCGGGGAUGCCCGAGCUCCGCCUGGGCCUCAACGACCGCGUCCUCUUCGAGCUCACCGGCAGGGGCAGGACCAAGUCGGUGGCCCUGGAGGACGUCAAGUUCCACCAGUGCGUGCGCCUGUCGCGCUUCGCCUCGGACCGCACCAUCUCCUUCAUCCCCCCCGACGGUGACUUCGAGCUCAUGGCCUAUCGGCUCAGCACGCAGGUGAAGCCGCUCAUCUGGGUCGAGUCGGUCAUUGAGAGGUUCUCCCACAGCCGGGUGGAGAUCCUGGUCAAGGCCAAGGGCCAGUUCAAGAAGCAGUCAGUGGCCAACGGGGUGGAGAUCUCGGUGCCGGUGCCCAGCGACGCCGAUUCCCCCAAGUUCAAGACCAGCGCUGGCUCCGCCAAGUACGUCCCGGAGCGGAACCUCGUCCUCUGGACCAUCAAGGCCUUCCCGGGGGGUCGGGAGCACGUGAUGCGCGCCCACUUUGGGCUGCCCAGUGUGGAGCGGGAGGAGGACGAGGGGCGCCCCCCCGUGGCCGUGCGCUUUGAGAUCCCCUACUUCACCGUGUCCGGGAUCCAGGUCCGGUACAUGAAGAUCAUCGAGAAGAGCGGGUACCAGGCGCUGCCCUGGGUGCGCUACAUCACCCAGAGCGGGGACUAUCAGCUCCGCACCGGUUAAUGAGGUCCAGCCCCCCCCCGGACCCCCCG